UGUGUUUGGGCUAAACUGCAGCCUGUGAUGUCUGUUCCUGUUGAUGGCAGGUUUUCAACACCAUUGUUGAAAUAGGGAAGGACCAACUUUGCAGAAUUUGCUUCCAAGCUUCACUGAGAAAGAGACAGCUACUUAAAUGAGUGGAUGGUUGCUCGGAACACCUGUUUGUUGCUCUAGUUUUUGCGUGGAUCCCUAUUUGCUGCCACUGUGCCAAGUGGCUCCAUUUCUGAUAAUGGAGACAGGAAUCACCCGGUCAUUUUGUAUGUUAAGGGCUGGAUUUAAUGGAGUCCAUUUGGCUGUUGGAGGAACAGAAAGGUGUGAAACUGCCUGAGUGGGAAGCCACUCAUUCUGGGAUGGUGCAAUGGAUUUACUGAAAGAACUGAAAAGUAUGCCUAUGACUUUGGACUUACUGCAGUCCACCCGCAUUGGGAUGUCAGUGAAUGCACUGAGAAAGCAGAGCACAGAUGAAGAAGUGAUAUCACUUGCCAAAUCCCUCAUCAAAUCCUGGAAAAAACUUCUAGAUGCUUCUGAGGAAAAAAGUGAGGAGAAAAAGAAGAGCAUGUCCUUGCCAACAUCUUCCUCGAAGGAGACUGGUAACUCGCGAGACCAAAGCUCCAACAAAAGGCAGGAGCCUCCGAAGACCCCGACCACCCCCAAAAUCACCACCUUCCCCCCAGCACCCGUCACCUGCGAUGCUGUCCGCAACAAAUGCAGAGAAAUGCUGACAGCAGCUCUCCAGGCUGAUGAUGACUACGUUGCCAUUGGCGCUGACUGUGAGCACAUAGCAGCCCAGAUUGAAGAAUGCAUAUACCAAGAUGUCAAGAACACCGACAUGAAGUACAAAAACCGGGUGAGGAGCCGCAUCUCGAACCUGAAGGACUCCAAAAAUCCCGAGCUGAAAAAGAAUGUGCUGUGUGGGGCGAUCACCCCUGAGCAGAUCGCAGUGAUGACCUCGGAGGAAAUGGCCAGUAAUGAGCUGAAGGAGAUCAGGAAAGCCAUGACGAAAGAAGCAAUCCGGGAGCAUCAGAUGGCCAAGACUGGAGGGACGCAGACUGACCUCUUCACCUGUGGAAAGUGCAAGAAGAAGAACUGCACCUACACCCAGGUGCAGACCCGCAGCUCCGACGAGCCCAUGACCACCUUUGUCGUGUGCAACGAGUGUGGGAACCGCUGGAAGUUCUGCUGAGAUGUGCCAUGGCCAAAGGCCAGUCAGAGCCUGACCCCCCACUCCAGCUCCCGCCACUGUCAUGUUCCUCCUGUCCCACGUGAGUUUGCUCUGAAACGCAUGGGGAGAGCAGCUGUGGGCUGAGGGGUCGGCACAAGAACUCACUCAACACUCUUAACCGUUAUUUUCUCUCAUCUAAGCAAAUAUGGUCACUUUUUCUUCAAAACUAAUAUUAAACAUUUUUGUCAGUUUCUGACUUUUAUUUGAA